AGUUUGCUUCAAGACUCACCACUUUUUCUAGCAAUACAUUACUUAAAAAAAAUGUCACAUCCAUUACCACUAACCUUGUACACUAGCAAUCAUAUUUCUAUCCCCAACCAUUGAACAAAGAAAGCCAUAGAUACCUUGAAAACCAAAAGGGUAACAUUAACAUGGAAGGUGAUCCAAAGGGUGGUCAUGGUCUAGUCUCUGAAAGUGGUCUUGUUUCUGCUCAUACCAUUGACUCUGAUUCAUGGAGGCAAGUUGGGUUGCUGUUAGUAACAGGUUACAGUUGUGGAUAUAUCUUGAGCUUUUCAAACCUAAUGUUGGUGCCUUUAGGGUGGACAUGGGGCAUCAUCAGCCUCAUAAUGGUGGCUGUCUUCACUGCCUACUCUAGCUGGCUUUUAGCAGGAUUUCACUUUGUAAAUGGCCAACGUUUCAUUAGAUAUAGAGAUCUCAUGGGCUCUAUUUUUGGACAAGAAAUGUUCUAUCUUACUUGGGUAUCCCAAGUUUUGAUCCUUCUUAUUACAAAUAUGGGGUUCAUACUUCUUGGAGGGAAGGCACUCAAGGAAAUCAAUGGAGAAUUUGGUGACACCCCUUUAAGACUUCAAUAUUAUAUCAUGAUCACUGGUGCAGCGUACUUUGUGUUUUCAAUUUUAGUCCCAACAAUAUCAUCAAUGGGGAAGUGGUUGUAUCUUUCAACAGUUCUUACGUUUACUUACAUCGUGGUUCUUCUGGUAGUUGUAAUCAAGGAUGGAUUGAAAUCCAACAGAGUGAACGACUAUGAAACUAGAGGAAACAAUGCUUCCAAGAUCUUCAAUGGUUUUUGUGCAAUAUCAGCCAUUAUCGCUUGCAAUUCAGCGGGGAUUAUACCAGAGAUUCAGUCAACUCUACGGAUGCCGGCUGUUAAGAACAUGAGGAAAGCUUUGCAUCUACAGUUCAGUGUAGGGUUGGCGUUUUAUUAUGGUGUGAGCAUCGCCGGAUAUUGGGCCUAUGGUUCAUCAGUCUCUGAGUAUCUUCCGGCGGACUUAAGUGGACCAAAAUGGGCGAAAAUCCUCAUAAACUCGGUGGUUUUCACACAAUCCAUAAUUUCUCAACAUGCGUUUAUCGCACCAGUUCACGAAGCCUUAGAUACCAAGUUUCUGAAGCUGGAUAAAGGCAUACAUUCUAGAGAAAACAUCAAACGUCUGUUUUUUCUUCGAGCAUUGCUAUUCGCCGUGAACAUGGUGGUCGCAGCAGCACUGCCGUUCAUGGGGGAUUUCGUGAACUUGUUAGGAUCGUUUUUGCUGAUUCCAUUAACCUUCUUGUUUCCUAGCAUGAUCUUCAUCAAGGUGAAGGGGGAAGCAGCAAAGAUUGAGAAGAUCUGGCACUGGGCGAUUAUCGUUGUGUUUUCUGUCCUGACUGUAGCAACGACUGUUGCUGCUGUCCGAUUGAUUGUAAACAAUGUUGCAAAGUACUAUUUAUUUGCAGACACAUGAGAUCUACAUAUGUGUACCCGUGUACUAUUCAUAUUUCAUACGUAAUGUCAAUC